GAGAGAAGAAUUUGGAUUCCACGGUGUUGAAGGAAUCCGUAAACAGCCUCUGCAGCAAUUGAGAUAAAAAGACUGAAGUGAAAAGAAAGAUAACUUUUUCCCUUUUUGGUUGAUUUUGUUGUUUCUGCAUCGUUUUCAGGAGAUUUUGAUAGAAAACAGAGAACCCAGAAAGGAAAUUCCCACAACCCUUUCCAGAACUGUAUAUAUUUUUGUAUCUGAAUUGGGUUUUCCAGCUGAAUCCGAAUUUUGAGAGAAAAGCAGAGAAUCCAACAGAGAGAGAGAGGGACAGAGAGAUAAAGGUCUGAACUUUUAACACAGAUCCUACAAUUUGAGGCGAAAUUUUGAUUUGGGUUACUCUGAAAAGGGGAAACAAGAAUUGGUUUUCGAUCAGAGAGGAGGAUAGGGCGGUGGAAAUAGGAAUUUGGGGUGUUUGGUGAAUGGGAAAAUGGAUUUCUGGCCCGAGUUUCUUGCGAGCAGUUGGGGAAGAGAGUUUGUGGCAGGAGGGGUUGGAGGGAUGGCUGGUGUUGUUUCUGGUUAUCCGCUCGACACUCUCCGGAUCUUGCAACAGAAUUCGCAUUCGGCAUCGGCCUUCAGCAUCCUUCGCAAUGUUGUCUCUGCUGAAGGCCCCGUUGCCCUUUACAGGGGCAUGACUGCUCCCCUGGCAGCCGUUACCUUCCAGAAUGCCAUAGUUUUCCAGGUAUACUCCAUCCUCUCCCGAACCUGCGAUCCUUCCGUUUCCACCAAAGACCCUCCUUCAUACAAAGGUGUUUAUCUAGGGGGAAUUGGCACAGGUGCUAUACAGAGCCUAAUACUCAGCCCUGUAGAACUCGUAAAAAUCCGGCUUCAACUCCAAACCGAUGCAAAAUCGAAACCUCAUCAGCUGCAAUCCCCAAAAGGCCCUAUAGAUGUUGCCAAAAGCAUUAUGAGAGCAGAAGGCUUAAGGGGAAUAUAUAGAGGACUUUCUAUUACUGUCCUGAGGGAUGCACCGUCGUUCGGUUUCUACUUCUGGACUUAUGAGUACAUGAGAGAGAAGCUUCACCCGGGCUGCAGAAGGACCGGGGAAGAGAGCUUGCAAACAAUGCUGGUGGCGGGAGGGCUUGCAGGAGUAGCCAGCUGGAUUUGUUGUUAUCCCCUAGACGUUGUGAAAACGAGAUUGCAGGCUCAGGUUGUGUCUCAGUACCCGCCCAGAUAUUCCGGCAUCGUUGAUUGCUUUCAGAAGAGCGUUAGAGAGGAUGGUUAUGGUGUGCUCUGGCGUGGACUAGGAACUGCGGUUUCUAGAGCGUUUCUGGUGAAUGGGGCAGUUUUUGCUGCUUAUGAGAUUGCUCUGAGGUGCCUAUUCUAGGAGGAAAGUUCAGAGGAAAAACAGAAUUUGGAAUUGGGAGGGAAUUACCCAAUUAGGGAAAGUGAAUGUAAAAUGGAAUUGGGAAUUACCCAAGUAGUUCUCUCUUCAAAACGAAAGUCAAAACUGCGAAAUAAAACUGAUUUGGUACGGUAUACUUCUGUUUUAUAAGAAUUUUCAAUCAAACCAAACCGAGCCAAUUGAAGAACAAUUUAGUUUGGUUUGAAGCUAAAAAGGGUGAAGGGUGUGUGCGGAAAGUAAAAAGGAAUGUGUCCUCUGUAUACACUAUCCACGGUAACACACUUUUUAUAGCUACUACUCCGUUAUUCCGAUUUAGUCACUGGGCUGGCAGGAGUUGUGAAUCCUUCCGUAAGUGUAAGAGAGGACGGAUACUGAGUGCUCUGGCUGUUGCAAAUGCGACCAGAUUUCUGGUGAUUGCGGCCAUUUUUUCUGCUUAUGAGAUUGCUCCGGUUCCUAAUCCUAUAUAGCAAUGCUGCAACCGAUCUUGCGGUGAAUGCCCUAUCUUACCCUACCGGAUGAUUCUAUUGACCUGCCUGCAUCAACUCCGUUCAGAAAAAUACAUGUUUCUUGACUUGGUGCAGGUUAAUCUUCGCAAUAGAGCGAGGAAAACCAGAUUCUCAAGCGAUAUAUGCAUAUGGCAGGAGUUGUGUAAAAUGCACCCUCCAUUUAUGUAUAGCCUAGGAAAGGAGACCCACAUGGUGAGUAACAGGAAAGACAGCAGAUUUAAAUGGGCAGAAUUCUUCAGGUUCAGCCAUUCACUAG